AAGCCCACUCCCCCCUCCAUGUUCAUUGCUCACACUGCUCUCUCUCCCUUAUUAUCUUUUUCUUUCUUUGUUUUAUAAAAAAACAAGAAAAUCCCAAUAGCAUAACAAUGAGAGAAAUCCUCCAUGUUCAAGCCGGUCAGUGUGGUAAUCAAAUUGGUGGCAAGUUUUGGGAAGUAGUAUGUGAUGAACAUGGCAUUGAUGCCAGUGGAAACUAUGUCGGCACUUCGCCUGUUCAGCUUGAAAGGCUUAAUGUUUACUAUAAUGAAGCCAGUGGUGGCAGAUAUGUGCCUAGAGCUGUGUUAAUGGAUCUUGAGCCAGGAACUAUGGACAGUUUACGAACAGGUCCUUAUGGAAAAUUGUUUAGACCAGAUAACUUUGUGUUUGGCCAAAAUGGAGCUGGCAAUAACUGGGCUAAGGGACAUUAUACUGAAGGAGCUGAAUUGAUUGAUUCAGUUCUUGAUGUUGUUCGUAAAGAGGCUGAGAAUUGUGAUUGUUUACAAGGUUUUCAGGUUUGCCAUUCACUGGGAGGUGGAACAGGGUCAGGGAUGGGGACAUUGUUGAUAUCAAAGAUCAGGGAAGAAUACCCUGACCGGAUGAUGCUAACGUUCUCGGUGUUUCCAUCACCUAAAGUAUCGGAUACUGUGGUUGAACCCUAUAAUGCGACCCUGUCAGUGCACCAGCUUGUGGAAAAUGCUGAUGAAUGCAUGGUCCUUGACAAUGAAGCUCUUUAUGAUAUCUGCUUCAGAACUCUUAAGCUCACAAAUCCCAGCUUUGGUGACUUAAACCAUUUGAUUUCAACAACCAUGAGUGGAGUCACAUGCUGCCUUCGCUUCCCUGGCCAACUCAAUUCCGAUCUUCGAAAACUAGCAGUAAACUUGAUCCCAUUCCCACGCCUCCAUUUUUUCAUGGUUGGUUUUGCACCUUUAACAUCCCGGGGUUCACAACAAUACCGAGCUUUAACGAUCCCCGAGCUAACUCAACAAAUGUGGGAUUCCAAAAACAUGAUGUGCGCGGCUGAUCCUCGUCAUGGAAGGUACUUAACAGCCUCGGCAAUGUUUAGAGGCAAAAUGAGCACCAAGGAAGUUGAUGAACAAAUGAUCAAUGUCCAAAACAAGAACUCUUCGUAUUUUGUGGAGUGGAUUCCGAACAAUGUUAAAUCAAGUGUUUGCGACAUCCCACCAACCGGGUUGACGAUGUCAUCGACGUUUAUGGGGAACUCGACGUCGAUACAAGAGAUGUUUCGACGUGUUUCGGAACAGUUCACAGUGAUGUUUAGGAGGAAAGCAUUUUUGCAUUGGUAUACAGGGGAAGGGAUGGAUGAAAUGGAGUUUACUGAGGCUGAAAGUAAUAUGAAUGAUUUGGUUUCUGAAUAUCAACAAUAUCAAGAUGCUGUGGUUGAUGAAGAUGGUGAAGGGUAUGAAGAUGAAGCAGAGGAAAAUUGACGGGAUCCUUUUCAACUUUUUAUGGUAAUGGCCUAGAAAAAAAAAAUCAAAUGUGGUGUUCAUUUUUAUGGUUUUAAAUAAGGAGGCCAUGUUUUUUCAUUUGUGUUGGGAUUUUUAGUAAUGUGAAUUGUGAAUUUGUAUAUUUAUAUCAAAUGUGAAUUGUGAUUUAAUAAAUUUGGAGUGUAAAUUUAUAUAAUGAAUUUGGAAUGACAAGCUUCAAAUUUUCAA